AUGACCCAAAACCGCUUUAUGCGCGAAGGAUGUCCCAACUGCGAAGACUUUUUACAUUUGCAAGGAUCUAUGGAAGCGAUUAUCGACUGCACAUCUCAAGUAUUCGAGGGUCUCAUUACGCUAGCCGAUCCAUCUAAAUCGUGGGUUGCGAAAUGGCAGAGGUUGGAUGGAUAUGUGAGGGGGGUGUACGCGACGAAAGUUAGUGGACAGUUACCGGAAGAGAUCGUAUCGACGAUGGAGGAAGAGGCGAGGGUUAAAUAUAUUCCGCCAGCUACUAUGUCUCAUAGGACGGGAAAUUUGGGUUGCGACACGGUGCAUAAUUAUUGGGGCGCUAAGGAGUUCAAGGGAGUUUAG